AUUUUGAUUUCACUGCCACAACUUUCUGGUUUAGUAAUGAAGUAAUUAGUUGGGUACAGAAUGCACGACUCUGAAAAAGGAGCGUGCAAGAGCGAAGCAGUUUUGCUAGCUGUGAGCAGAGAACAAUUCUGCCGACCCCCUGAAAAUUAUCUGAUAGGGUUACAGUUCUCGCCAGACGGUCAGAGGCUUCUCUGCAACAGCAACGACAACGUCCUACGCUUGUACAUUUCUCCCGGAGAUACAGUCUUGAAGGAAGAUGUUGUACCAGACUUGUGUGUUGAUUUGGGGCAGCCAGUGUACGACAUGAAGUGGCACCCCCAGUCUCCCUCCUUUGUGACGUCAUCGAGGAGGUCGCCCGUGCUGAUGUGGAGUGCAGACACUGGUCACACAGUGUGCUCUGUCUCUAUCAAGAACCACGUGGAUGAGGUAACAGGACCUUUUUGCGUGCAAUUUGACAGCGAAGGACGACAUCUGUUCUGUGGGUUCGACAAGUCACUGUUACGCAUAGUUGACCUCAACAGACCAAACGACCCGCCUGUGACCAGGUGCAUGAGUAGUGGGUUUGGAAGUGGAGGAAGAGGGAGGGGCAAUGGGAGUGGAAUAGUGUCCUCCAUAGCCAUCAGUCACUCCAUGUAUUCUAUGGCCACUUACACUGGACUGAUUGGGCUGUUCGACCUCAAAAGUGGAACUCAGGCGGCCAUGUUAAGUGGAGGUCACCGUGACAGAGGUGUGACAUCAGUUAAGUUCUCUCCUGACUCUCAACUGCUCAUAUCUGGGGCGAGACGAGACAACAGACUGUGCGUCUGGGACUUGAGACAAUUGGCAGUGCCCCUUUGUGCCAGUCUCGCCAGAAAUGCGAACUCCAACCAGAGGAUAGAUUUUGACUCCUUGGCGCACCAUCACCUAGUGACAGGAUCUUUAGAUGGGUACCUGCUUUUGUACGACCUAAACAAAUUGGAUUGCCCUCCUUCGGUAAUCAGGGCUCACGAAGACUGCUGCAACAGCGUGACCUGCAACCCCUGCACACCUGGAUUGAUCGCUUCUGGAUCCGGGCAGAGACAUUACUCGCGCACAAAAAUGAGUCUAGAGUCAUCUGAGGAAGACAGCGAAGACGAGACGCCAAAAGUUGAAAACUGCGUCAAGUUUUGGAAACUGAAAAACUUUGAAACUUCCUUGUAGUUAUUGUUUUGUAUUUGAACUCUUCUUUAUACCGUAUCUUUGCCGUUGAACCAUUCUAUUUAAACGUUGUGGUUUCCCGCUUGUCUGCAGUUUCUUCAUUCUUAAU